AUGGGUACCAGAAAGAUUAUCUUACAGGACGCAAGGGGUCUUUCAUAUCAACAUGAACAGUACCAUGUUCCAAUUAUCCAUACAGAUAUAAGAACUAGCAACAUUCUACUUGAUAGAGAAUUGAAGCAAAAAAUAGCAAAUUUUGGGCUUAUAAGACUGCUACCAGAAGAUAAGACUCAUCUUAGCACAAAAUUCUCAGGGUCUUUGAAUAGUGGUUAUGUAGCACCUGAAUAUGCAAUUUAUGGGCAAUUAUUUGAGAAAGUUGAUACAUACAACUUUGGUGUGGUGGUCCUAGAGAUCAUUAGUGGAAAGAGAUACAAGGAUGUUGACUACCAAUUAGUCACUCAAAAUCUCCUUGAUCAUGCAUGCGAUCUACAUGAGAGUGGAACGCAUCUGAAUUUAAUGGAUGAGAAACUAGAUCCUAGUGAAUAUGCAGUAGAACAUGUUGUGGAGAUCAUCAAGAUAGCUUUGAUGUGCACUCAACCACCAUCAUCUAGACCUUCAAUGUCUGAAUUGGUUAUAUGCUUUUAA